UCGCUCCGGCUGCCAGCAAGUUCGUUUCUGCUCGGCAACAGCGGCUCGCUGUGUCGUUAACAUGAAUUCAGCUAGUUAGUUGAUUGAUUAGCUAGCCCGCCAGCUAGCCGCAUAGAUUACUGUUAUAAAUACAGGUAAAAUUAUUUUAUGAACUUGGGUUGCGACGCUUAUUUACCGUUACCCUUUUGCUGUGUUGGCAGGCUUUUAAAAUGCCUCCCCGGGCCGGCUUUCGGCAAACUGAGGCGAACUUGUUUUGCGUCCUGCUGGCCCUAAUUCUGCUGAUUUUGACGAGAGUCUCCGCGAUUCAAGAGGACGCCAAAGUAAUUGAGGAGCAGCAGCCUGUUGAGAAAGCUGCCACUGGCCAACCUGCAGGUCCAGCAGUCAGUCAGGAUGAGACCGGAAAAGGCAACCUGGGCUUUAUCCAUGCGUUUGUGGCAGCCAUUUCGGUCAUCAUCGUUUCAGAGCUGGGAGACAAAACCUUCUUCAUCGCAGCUAUCAUGGCCAUGCGAUACAACCGGCUCACUGUCUUGGCAGGAGCUAUGUUGGCUCUGGGUCUCAUGACCUGCCUGUCAGUCCUGUUCGGUUAUGCCACCACUAUUAUCCCACGGAUUUACACCUACUAUAUCUCCACGGCGCUGUUUGCCAUCUUUGGCAUCAGAAUGCUAAGAGAGGGGUUGAGGAUGAGUGCUGAUGAAGGCCAGGAAGAGCUUGAGGAGGUGCAGGCUGAGAUUAAGAAGAAAGAUGAGGAGCUCCAGCGCUAUAAGCUGGCCAAUGGAGCGCCAGAUGUGGAGACAGGGACAGCGGCAAACAUGCUGCCUCAGAGGAAGUGGCACAGUGUGAUCUCGCCCAUCUUCAUCCAGGCACUAACUCUCACUUUCCUGGCUGAGUGGGGAGACCGCUCUCAGCUCGCUACCAUCGUCCUGGCUGCACGAGAGGAUCCAUUUGGAGUGGCAGUGGGUGGAACUCUGGGACACUGUCUGUGCACAGGUCUGGCUGUGGUUGGUGGGAGGAUGGUAGCUCAGAAGAUAUCAGUCAGGACUGUUACAAUCAUCGGAGGGAUCGUAUUCCUUGCCUUUGCUUUUUCUGCUCUCUUCAUCAAGCCAGAAACUGGAUUCUGAUUGGAGGAAAGACUUUCUGGUGUUUUUCUGUAAAUACCAGCUCAGCUGUGCUCUAUUCACAAAGAGGGACUGUACACAAAGGCUGAGUGUGAAUAGUGGAGUGUGUAUGAUUAUGUUUGAGUGUGUGUGAAUGCAGUGUUAUAGCUCACGUCUUAAAGAUCCUGUCACGGAAGCUGUGUUGGUUUUAUAUAUAUAUAUAUAUAUAUUUUUUUUUUCAUUUAACAGGUUUAAAAUGUGUAAUGCCACAUUAGAGUUGGCAUCGAGAGUGAGCAUAUUCAGCCGUAUGUUUUCAGGGACUGCCAGCUUCCGUGACAGGUGACCUUUAGUUUUUUAAUUUUUUUUUUUUCUUUCCCUUUCUCGUUCUUCCUCGCCCUCCAGAUUACUCCCCCACCAAAACAUCUUCUCUGUUUACUUUGUUGGUCCUAUGAAUCUCCAGUCAGUGUACUUGAGCGUUCUGGGGUAGUGACUGAGUAUCCUGGCACACAUUGUGAGUCUAAACAGCCACAACAUUUAGUUAACAGGCUGAGUGCAAAGCAGCAGUUGCCCAGUUCCACAUCAUGUACAUCUGCAAUUGUCCUUUGAUCUACUGUAAGGACUGAGUGAUCUAAGGACUGGCUUCUAUUCUGAUUAUUCAGUCUUUCUGUAUUCUGCAUUUGUGUUCUUCAUAUACUGCAUCCAUUAUUGGUCCCUCAUCAGUGGACAUCAGGUAUUUGAAGGAACGUCCAGUACAGAGGCCCUUUAAAUUAGUAUCCAUCUAAGGUCAUUGCACAAUCACAACUACAGGUACAGAAUGAGCUGCAAGUACAGACAGUUUUAACACUUCACAGCCCCUUCCCUCUCACCUACCACUCAUCAUGAACUGUGAGAGCUCAUUUAGUGGCCAGUAGUGCAAGUUCUAUUUUAUAUUUAUCAAAAGUGGGUUUACGUUCUUCUACACCUCCACUGCCAUGAAGUGAACAGCUGCCCGAGGAAAAGUCCUUUCAGACUGUCGGCUGUGAAAGCAGUUUCUAUUUAUUCUUCUUUUGUGCACUUUUUUUCCUUUCUUCUUCUUCUUCUUUUUUUUUAAAGUACUGUAGUACUGUCAGGGAAGACACUGACUGCUGGUUUUUGUUGUUCAAGGUGACUUGACUUCAUUGUCAAUAUUUGACAGGACUUGUCCAGCUUUAAAGGACAAGCAGAUUCACUAUUUUGUGGCGCGGCGGAUUGUGACUGUACAAAAACUAAAUCCUGUAAAUACUCUAUUAAAGCCUGUCAGUCAA